UUUUAUCAGUAAAAUCUCUCCUAACUACAGUAGAUAUUAAACUAAACGAUUGUGAGUCUAAAAACUUUAUAAAAGUAUAUCGUAAAACGUGGAUACCUGCAAAUAAUGAUGUAAAUUAUUUUGAAAAAAGCAAUGUAAAUUGGCUAGCUCAAGAUUUUCAGUUUACGUACAUUACGCUAAAAUUUUUAGUUGUUGCUCUUUUAAAAACUCAUGCAAAAAAACAAAAAAGAGAAAGCUUAACAAUGUUAUUAACAGUUUAUCUAACGCUGAAUUACUUCAUGCAACAAAAUUGAAAUUUAGAAAUGAGUUUAAGUACGAGACUGCCAGAAAAAUUACCGAAAUUUUAAAAGACAAAUUAGUUGAAAAUCUUAUGAAGUACACACGGAAUGAAGGUCUAGCAUUGAUUGUUGAUGGUGGUUUAUCAAAAUCAACAUACCAGCUUUUACGAAAUGGCGCAGAAGAAAAAGGCUGCUACAUUUAUCUUUUAUAUAAUAAUAUACGAUUUUCUAAAUCUAAAUGUUAUCCCAAAAACGUUUAUGUAGAUGAGUAUGCCGUAAACAUACCGCUAAAAGACCUUCUUAUGCACACACUUGAAAGACUGUGUGACGUACAGGCUCCUGUACUAAUAACAAUGUUAGAAGAACUAACUAAACUGACUAGAUUUAGAUGCAAGGCUGGGUUUGAUAGUGCUAAAGGGCAAAGCACUUAAUGAAAACAUUGAAAGAAAUCUAAAAAAUGACAAGUGCUUAUUUAUUACUUGCAUAGUACCAUUAGAACUCGAUGGAUUUUAUAAUAAUAAAAACGUAGUAGUGUGGAGAAACGAAAAGCUGUCAUCAACUGCAUAUUGUCGACCCGUUAGAUUUUCUUUUCAAAACGAAAGCAAGGAUGUUGUGGAAGAAGAAGAAAAAACUAUUGAUUUCGAAAUUGAGAACUGUGAUGUUAUGAAAAGUGAUGUUAUGAAAAGUGAUGAAUUUAGACACCGAUAAUUUAGAGUUUAAAUAUGGUUUAUCUAGCCUACACGCUUGGAUAAACAUUUUUGAGCUAACACUACAUAUUGGAUAUAAAAAGGAAACCGGAAAAUGGCAGGCUAGAGCCAUAGCUGAUAAAUUAGCUGUAGAGCAAGUAAAGUGCCGAAUUCAGACCGAUUUUAUGAACCAAUUAGGAUUAGUUGUGGAUUUUUCCAAAAAUGGAGGAUCGGGUACUAGUAACAACAGAAAUACUGCCCGCAGAGCUUUUGCCAACUAUAAAUUAACCGCCGAGAUAUUAAAAGUUGAUGAAACUCUUAUAUAUUAUUUUAGUCACUUUGUCAUCACCAUAUGAAAUAUUUCAUAUGAACAUGAA